AUGCCGUUGUCUAUCUACAAGAGGUUGGGGAUAGGUAAUGUACAAGAUACAAGAAUGACACUCCAGUUUGCUGACCACUCUGUUAAAAGACCUUAUGGGAUAGUAGAAGACGUGCUUGUGAAAAUUGACAAAUUUGUGUUCCUAGUGGAUUUUGUAAUUCUAGAGAUGCCGGAAGAUGAGGAGAUCCCUAUUAUUUUGGGAAGGCCAUUUCUAGAGACAGGGAGAUGUUUGAUAGACAUUGAAGAAGGCACAAUGACUCUGAAAGUUUAUGAUGAAGAGUUAAAGAUUGAUGUGCGCAACACCAUGAAGUACAAGGAUGAUAUAGCAACUAGUCAACAUAUUGAGGUGAUUGAUCAAAUCUGUACUAAUGAGAAUUCUUUGAACAUACAACAAUUACCCUUGGAAAAAGUGUUGAGCUCGUCUGUUUGCGAUAAAGAGGAAGCUGCUGAUGAAAGAAAAUGGAAGUAG